UCCGUUCUCACCUCUGCCAUUAAAUCAGUCAGUAGCCCCAGAUAAGCCACUAUUCCUAUUGCCUUAGCUCUGUAUCUGUAACAGAAUUGACAUAUCUGGAGAGUUGUGCUAAGGAUCAUCAUAUAUGAAAUGUCUAGAAUUCUCUAAAGCGUUACAGUUGAGCAACUACAGAAAGGUAACCAAAGCUACAGAAACCAGGAGGGGCUUGCUAAUUCAGGAAUGAACCAAACCAAGAAGAUGUCCCAAUUGGACCAUCAUCCUAUUGCCAUGACUGUGCUUCACUUCCCAGCCUUUACUCCUUCCCUUUACCUACCCUCUCUUGUUGCUUUAAACCAUGCAAGAGCUCUUCUUAAUGGAAACACUUUCUUCCUGGCUGUCUUAAAGCCCGGAGGGGACUCUUUCAAACUGAGGGAGCUGAAGACAUUGACUGCAGAGAUCAGUGGCCAAGCGGAAACAGAAGCACUCCUGGGGAAAGAGAGAAGGCAAAGCCUGGAGAUUGCACCUGAUACUGAAGUACAUCACUUACCCCCAGCACAUGAACUGCCUCCCCUUGGCCCUCGAGGGCCACGUCCUGCCAGAAGUUUGUGCCGGUUCCAGUCUUGGGGCAGCUUCCAUAGCCUUCGCCAGGUCUCCUCAUUGGAGAAUUUGGAGGCUGCAAAAUCUGAGUUCCAGGGAAAGUUCAGGGAAAGGAGAGCAAACUCAGAAGCAUCACAAAUCAAGACCAGCCAGAAUUCCACGUCGGACUCCGAUCUGAUGAAAUAUAGGACCAUCAGUCAGAUACCGCAAUUCACUCUCAACUUUGUGGAGUUCAACCUAGAGAAACACCGGUCAGGCUCCACCACAGAAAUUGAGAUUAUUGCACCACACAAAGUGGCAGAACGCACCCAGCAGAAUGUAACUGAAAAAGUCACUCAGGUCCUCUCACUGGGAGCUGAUGUCCUCCCUGAAUACAAGCUGCAGGCACCACGCAUUCACCGUUGGACCAUCCUGCACUACAGUCCCUUCAAGGCAGUAUGGGACUGGCUGAUUUUGCUGUUGGUCAUCUACACAGCUGUCUUCACACCCUACUCAGCUGCCUUCCUCCUCAAUGAAGAGCAGGAGGAGAAUCUUGCUGACUGCAGCUACUCAUGUGAUCCACUUUAUAUUAUUGACCUUAUUGUGGACAUCAUGUUUAUUGUUGAUAUCAUCAUUAACUUCCGCACCACAUAUGUCAAUGUCAAUGAUGAGGUAGUGAGCCAUCCAGCAAAGAUCGCCAUCCAUUACUUCAAGGGCUGGUUUCUCAUUGACAUGGUGGCAGCCAUUCCCUUUGAUUUGCUCAUCUUCCGUUCUGGAUCUGAUGAGACAACAACUUUGAUUGGCCUGCUGAAGACGGCACGGCUGCUACGGCUGGUGAGAGUAGCCCGCAAAUUGGACCGCUAUUCUGAGUAUGGGGCUGCUGUACUCUUCUUGCUCAUGUGCACUUUUGCCCUCAUUGCACAUUGGCUAGCCUGCAUUUGGUAUGCCAUUGGCAAUGUUGAACGGCCCUACAUGGAGCAUAAAAUUGGGUGGCUGGACAACCUUGGUGACCAGAUUGGCAAACGUUACAAUGACAGUGACCUCUCAUCUGGCCCUUCCAUCAAGGACAAAUAUGUGACUGCCCUCUACUUCACCUUCAGUAGUCUCACCAGUGUGGGCUUUGGCAAUGUUUCACCCAACACCAACUCUGAAAAGAUCUUCUCCAUCUGUGUCAUGUUGGUUGGCUCUCUCAUGUAUGCCAGUAUCUUUGGCAAUGUCUCCGCCAUCAUCCAGCGGCUGUACUCAGGCACAGCUCGAUACCAUACCCAGAUGCUGAGGGUUAAGGAAUUCAUUCGCUUCCACCAAAUCCCUAACCCACUGCGGCAGCGCCUUGAAGAGUACUUCCAGCAUGCCUGGUCCUACACCAACGGUAUUGAUAUGAAUGCGGUGUUGAAAGGCUUCCCAGACUGCCUGCAAGCUGACAUAUGCCUCCACCUCAACCGAACCCUGCUCCAAAACUGCAAAGCCUUCCGAGGAGCGACCAAAGGCUGCUUGCGGGCCUUGGCCAUGAAGUUCAAAACAACCCACGCACCUCCGGGGGAUACUCUUGUGCAUUACGGAGAUGUCAUCACCACCCUUUAUUUCAUCUCCCGUGGCUCCAUUGAAAUCCUCCGGGAAGAUAUUGUGGUGGCCAUCCUAGGGAAGAAUGACAUCUUUGGAGAACCUAUUAGUCUCUACGCCAGACCUGGGAAAUCAAAUGCAGAUGUCCGAGCCCUCACCUAUUGCGACUUGCAUAAGAUCCAGCGGGAGGACCUCUUGGAAGUCUUGGAUAUGUACCCAGCCUUCUCAGAUAAUUUCUGGAGUAAUCUAGAGAUAACCUUCAACCUGAGAGAUGCAGACAGUGUUCCUCGCUCACCACUCAGUGAGGAAUAUGCAUGCAACUAUCGGCGGGCAGCACGCCGCCAUAAACGUUCUAUCUGCAAAACAAACAAAACUGACCCAGAUGGCUUGGAUACAGGCAUCUCUGACCCAGAGCAGUACCAUGCUUACUCUGAGCUCACACAGCUACAGCGUCCCCAUAGCAAGGAUCAUUGGGAUGAUAUGUGUAGCACAACAACGCCCUGCUCCCAGACUAGUGAAGAGGAGACCAAAAUACCAAGCCCUACAAAGGAUGAAUUUUGCACAGCCAUUGAAAAGAACAACUAUGCCCCAGCGGUGGUAAACUUGGUUAGCGAUGGCACCAAGGCUGACAUACUGGUGACUGAUGACAACUAUGCAGCAACAACACCAUUGGAUGUUGCCAAUCUGUUCACAUUCUGGGAGGACAAGAGGCCCACCUCUCUUAUAGAGCCUCUCCAGCAUAUGUCCUUGGUACACAGCCCAACAGAAAUCCACAACCCAUUGGACCUGCCUCUAAAUACUGACGACAGGCCACAACAGAUUGAGUCCAAACUAGAGUGUCUGCAGGCUCAGCUCAGCAGACUGGAGUCUAGACUGUCUUCCGAUAUGAACCUCAUCCUGCAGCUGCUGCAGCGGCAAAUGUCUCAAGUGCCACCUUCCUAUAGUUCCAUUUCACCUUCCUCACACAACUUGGCUUUGUACAGCAUGAGUCUGAGAAGUACAGAACCUGCCUCCCCAGUAGGGGAAGAGGAACUGACUCCCACCAAGGAGACACCAAGCUAUGCAGAAAUUGAAAAAAGCCAGUUGAAAUCGAGGGACUCCUUGUCAAGUGGCAUACACCUGACUGUAGCCUCAGAUGAAACCAUGACAAUCAGCUCUGAGCAAGAGCAUUACCCACAGAUCCUACCAAACCAAGAGCCCCAUCGGCAGGCAUCAGGCAACCAGCAGGGACUUUUCCGAGGAUCUCGCUUCCCUUCCCUCCCUGAGCACCUCGAGGCACCUUCAGAGCACUUGGACAUUCAGAGACAUCUCUCUGACCCAUUGCUUCCUGCGACCUAGGAAUAAAGUUCAAGCUCAAAGCCAAGCCAAGAGGAAACUGAACUGAGGUGUUGCUUACCUCAUUUCAAUUGUUGCACUUGGAGGACACUAUUUAUGGCUCAGGGUAUUGCUUGUAGCUAUCUUCUGCCUUCUCUGUACUGAGGGCAAUUUGAAAAUGGGUUGGCUUGAUCUCAGAAAUGGUACUCCAUAGAAUAGACUUCAGGGGCACAUUUUCCUCCUCCCUAUGCUGACUGAUAUAUUCUUCUUCCUCCUCACCCCUUGUCUUGCAUCUGUUAACUGCAAGCUCCGUGGAUGUUGGGGACUACACCUACCUGUCUUUGUGUGGUACCUAGCAUAGUGGGACACUGGAACAACAUCUGUAAUAUAAUCAAGAAACAAUGGAAAAUAUAAUUUGGAGGAGGAAACUACUAAGAAACAGUCAUUUCCUUAGGUUGUAGGGGUACCAACUAUUAAUGUUCCUUUCUGAUACAACUAGUACCAGAGCCUCUCUUCAUUAUGUACGGCCCUGUGAAGGACAGAAGAGUAAAACAAUGCCAAUUUAAAAAAUACUGAACCAUACAGGAGUUGCCCUAAAAUAUAUUGAGGGCCACCUCAGAUAUUAAUAUUUUUCUUGCAUGGACAUCAUCUGUGUAGAAGAAAAAAGGACAGGAUGAAAGGGGGAAAUGUUCAGUAACAUAGAGAGAGCUACCAAUUGGAUUUCUGAGCCUGCUGUUUGUAUUCAGGUCCCCUUUGGAUGGAUGUAACCCCUGGUUUCAUGACAUUCCCUCUUAGGCCCCUGCCCCAAGUUUUAUUCCCUUCCUUCAAUAAAUUAAUCUCAACAUCCUUGUCUAUAGCCUGGAUCUAUACAUAACUGUUCAGAACUGAGUCCUGCUGAAUUCUAUGAGCUUAUUACCAAAUAAGGAACCACAGGACUGAAGCUGCAACAUAUGACUGAGGCUAAAAGGGAAAUAUUGCUCCAUGUAUUGCCUCCUAAUUUGUAAAGUGGGAGUGACACAAAUUUUAGUGAAGAG